AUGGAGCUCUCCAAGGUGCUUCCGCCCACUGGCCAGCGGGGCAGGUCCGCCGCCCCACUGACCUGGGAGCCACCCGCCUGCCCUGCGCCCUCCUCAAAAGGCAGCCCCGCCGCACGGCCCCGGGCUGAUUCCCGGGGCAGGAAACGGGGCCAGGCAGCGCGCGCUCCUGAGCGGGGUCCGUCGGCAGCCGACCCGUCGGGACCCAGGCGCACCUGUCCUCGCCGCCGCCGCGCGCGCUGCGCUGCGCACCUGGCCGAGGGGGCCCCGCUCGCCUUCCAGGGCCACGUGGGCAGGAGCGAGGCCGGGGCCGGCGCGCGCCUGGCCCGAUUAAUCGCCCGCAGCUGGGCGGCCGCCUUGAAAGGGCCGCGCCCCGCCCGCGCUCCCGCGGCGCCCCGUCCCGUCCCGCCGCGCCUCCUGCCCUCGCCGCUCCUCGCCCGCGCCCUGCUGCCCCGACGCUCAGGGGCCGUCGAAAGCGCCCGGGCCCGGCCCCCGCGGAGGAAAGGCUGGAAGAAAUACUUCGGCCAGAAGUCCCUCAGCGAGGUGACCAUGGACGAGUACCUGGGCAGCCUGGGGCUCUACCGCAAACUCACGGCCAAAGACGCCACUUGCCUCUUUCGGGCCAUUUCCGAGCAGCCUCCGGACAAUCCAAAGAUGCCCUUUCCUUAUAAAGUAUUGAAAGCGUUGGAUCCUGAGAUCUAUCGGAACAUAGAGUUUGAUGUUUGGCUGGACAGCAGAAAAGAAUUUCAAAAAACGGAUUACUUGGUCUUUGCUGGAAGGCAGUACUAUUUAGGAGACAAAUGCCAGGUACGCCUAGAAACUGGGGGCAAAUACUACAAUGCUCACAUUCAAGAUGUUGGACAGGAUAAUAUGGUAACUGUCUUCAUUGAAGAGCUGGCAGAAAAGCAUGUCGUUCCGCUGGUGAAUUUGAAGCCUGUGACGCAAGUGACGCCAGUUCCCGCAUGGAAUGUGAUCCCUAGUCGGAAAGGAGGAAACUAUCAGAAAAUAUCAGGUGGGUACCAAAAUGAUAGUGAUAGGGAUAUAAAAUCACGGAAGAAACUGUUCAAGAAAGUACGUGGAAAGGAAGUUUACAUGACUGUGGCGUAUCGCAGUCCUUACAAACAUUAUCAUCCCCAGAAUCCUCCGUGUCCUGGCAAGGGAUAUGGGAUGUCCAGGGGAUCUGCCCGGUUUAUAAACCGAAACAGCAUGGUUGGCCCUGAAAUAGCAUUCUGUCCUACUGCGGGAAAGAGAUGUUAUCAGAGCUACGAUAACUUCUCGUAUAGAUCACGUUCAUACAGCCAUAGUCGCAGGCAGAUGCAGUGUGUAAAUAAAGAGUGCCAGUAUGGAUUUUCCCCUGAGAAUGGCGAAGAGCCUCAAGGUUUGGAGGAAACUAUCACUUUCUAUGAAGUUGAAGAAGGGGAUGAUGCAACCUUUCCUGCUUUACCCAAUCAGGGCAAUCCGACUCCAAUGGUCCCAGCUGCUGCAGGAUUCUGGGUAGCAAGGAGAGGUCCAAGUCCAAUCCCCCCUAACAAGCAAGGUCUCAAUUCCUCGGAGGAAGAAGCAGAUGAGCCCAGCGAUAAUGGAGAAUACCAUGAGGAUUAUCUGUACACCCCUUCAGUUGUGAUUCCUUCAGUGCCAUACCCAUACCAAUCACCUCCCCUUCCUCCGAUCAAUGAUGCGGGGGACAAUGGAACUGUUAUUCCUCCUUACUCCUGUGAUCCUAGCGGUAGCGACCUGCCACGAGACCCAAAGAUCUUGCAGUAUUACUUUAAUUUGGGUUUGCAGUAUUACCACCAGAGCUGCUGGAACCCCAUGAUGUAUGUGCAGCAAGUGCCACCGUCACCUCCCACGGAGACCUACCAGGCAUAUCCGGAGCCUGUCCCUGUAGCCGAUCCAUCGAUGCCUCCAGCGUAUGCUGAAGUAGGGAGGAAUGACAUGCGACAAAUCCCCAUGGACACCUCAGGAAAUGGUGCUUUAUCCAUGGCAGAGCCGUCAUCAUCUUCCCGUGGAACCAUUUAUUACCCAGUAGUAACAGAGCCCUACAAUCAGCCUCCUGUACCUGGGUAUGAUUCUUGUGUUCCAUUCGUCCCUGGCUACCAUUAUGUCAGCCCUUGGUAUCCAGUAAACCCAUCCUAUGGGAAUUCUCCACGAAUCUACAAUGCUGUGAACCCUGGUCACUUCCAUCAGGUCGGCUAUGUUGCCUCAUCAAACCCCACACCACACUUUGCAGCUCAAAGUAUGUAG